AUGUCUAGCACAGAGAUCAUUUUGGACCCUGAACACCUUGCCUCAACGUCUCGAAGACUUUGCGAGACCUUUGCUAUUCCAUUCCUCCACCCAUUCCAGAUCCAAACAGGCCAAAAUAUCUUACAGAAACACAGCACUAUCCUCGACGUACCAACCGGGUCCGGCAAGACCCUAGCGUUUUUCUAUGCGCUUUUCUACCACUGGUGGCCUGGGAAUACCGAACGCGACUCCUGCCAGAAGAAGAUCAUAGUGAUCAUCAGUCCACUUGUUGCGUUGAUGCAAGCACAGAUCUAUUCACAAGGUCGCACACUGAUUGGUGAUGAUGCUGGGGGAGCGGAUUGUCCGCGACGUCUGGGUGUGGAUGGCAAUGCUUGGGUGCUUGGACCUGCAGUCUCUGUGUCAGAAUCCGAGUUGGCAAGUUUGAGCAUGAAAAAUGUUGUAUUGGAGGACGUCAGCAAAGCGUUCGAAAGUUUCAAAUCUACCAGUCCCGAGACAAAACUGACUCGGGACUGGUCCGAGUCUAGACUUGUGAUUUAA